GGAAACUGUGCCGCCGGUCCAGUUGCCGGCGGCCUAGCCCAGCCAACCGACGGCGCAAAACGGCAAGCACGCACGCCAGUGAGGCGCGCCGCGACUGGCGACAGUAAUGCCCAUAUCCGGGCGCGUGGGAAAGGAAAGUGCGUGGCCGGGGAGACCGCUAGCUACCCGUUGCCUGUUUGUAUUUCUGACUCGAAGCGAGACGGGGAGGGGGAUCGACGAUCUUUCCGACCAGGUCUACCACCCAAGCCGCAAUAACAACCAAAAACGUAUCAGCUGCCUAUGCCAGCGGUCCUGGCCUGGUAUUACGCUACCGCGAAGGUGCAUUUCCGUUUAAGCCCAUCGAAAACGACGUCGGCCAGACAAGCUAUGGCGAACCAUCGCGACCGUUUUGCAGCAGAGCAAAACGAUCACAGCACAAAUCCCGCCGCGUGGAUUGCCGUUGCCAUGUUCCCGUGCAUCAUUGUCAACGUGGUUGCCGUCAAGUGGUACGGCGAGGCCGAAUUCAUCAUGGCGUCCACAAAAGUCCUGCUUCUUUUCGCCCUUAUCCUGAUUACCGUCAUCACCAUGGCCGGCGGCAACCCGCAGGGCGACGCCUACGGAUUCCGCAACUGGGGCAACGGCAACUUCAUCCACCCUUACCGCGCCGAGGGCGCCACCGGUAACUUCUUGGGCUGGUGGAAGGUCGUCCUCUACGCCGGAUUCACCAUUGCGGGCCCCGACAUGAUCGCGCUCGCGGCCGGCGAGAUCCAGAACCCGCGCUGCGCCAUCCCGCGCGUUGCCAAUCUCGUCUUUUACCGCCUGGUUGGAUUUUACGUUAUUGGCGUCCUCUGCCUCGGCAUCAUCUGCAGCUCCGUCGACCCAGGCCUUUUUGAUGCCAUUAAGAACAAGAAGCCCAGCGCCUUUUCGAGCAUUAGCGUCCUCCCCCACGUCAUUAACGCCGCCAUCAUGCUGUCGGGGUGGUCGUGCGGUAACGCCUACCUCUACUCGGCCAGCCGCACGCUGUACGGUCUGGCGCGCGACAACCAGGCGCCUAAGUUUUUCCUUAAAUGCACCAAGGACGGCGUGCCCAUUUACUGCGUCGCGGGCGUGUUGCUCAUCGCGUGCGUCGCCUUCCUCGUCGCCUCCGACUCGGCCGCCACCGUCUUCUUCUGGUUCGUCGACCUAACCACCACGGCCCUCAUUAUGACCUACACUAUGAUGAUGAUCGCCUAUAUCGGAUUCUACCGCGCCCGCAACGCCCAGGGCAUGGACACUGCCACCCUGCCCUACGUGGCCCCCCUCACCCCCUACUCGAGCUACCUGGCCCUUGUCCUGGGCUGCACGGCCGUGCUAUUCGUCGGCUUCGACACCUUCUCGCCGUUCGAGUACCGUGACUUUAUCACUGCCUAAUUCGCCUUCCCUUUUGGCGUCAUGAUGUUCGUGGGCUACAAGGUUUUUAAGAAGACCAGCUUCGUCAACCCGGCCGAGGCCGACCUGAUUCGGGCAAGAAGGAGGCCGACGAGGAGUGCAGGCACCGAGAGGAGGGCAGCAUCCAGGAGAACGUCAGGGCGCGCCUGGCCGAGAUGAACUUCCUGCGGAGGACCUGGGAGAAGAUGUGGUAGAGGGAGCGGGGCCCAAGCGAGUAACAUGUGUCCGACUAGCACGAAAGCAUUCUCAUUUCCAUGUAACUGUUUGCGAAUAAUUUGAGGUCUCAUGUUGAGCGAACGAUGCGAUGCACUAUGGCGGACCAUCCCGG